UCAAUGUCAAAGAGAGGAAGAGGAGGUCAAGUUGGUAUCAAAUUGAGAAUUACACUUGCAUGUAAUGUAGGAGCUGUUUUAAAUUGUGCUGAUAACUCAGGAGCAAAAAAUAUCUAUGUUAUUUCAACCUUUGGAAUUAAAGGACAUUUAAGCAGAUUACCUUCUGCCUCUAUUGGUGAUAUGGUUUUAUGUUCAGUCAAAUAGGGUAAACCAGCACUUAGAAAGAAGGGUAUUUAAACGAAUAAAUAAUGUUAGUUAUGUAAGCAGUGGUUGUUAGACAAAGAAAACCAUAUAGACGUAGAGAAGGAUAUUAUAUUUACUUUGAAGGUUUAUAUUUGCAAAUUAAUUAUUAGAUAAUGCUGGAGUUAUUAUCAAUCCAAAGGGUGAAAUGAAAGGAUCAGCUAUUACAGGUCCAGUUGGAAAAGAAGCUGCUGAUUUAUGGCCAAAAAUAGCAUCAGCUGCUGGUUCAGUUCUUUGAU